GCGCGCUCUAGGACCCGAGGAGGACCGAGCUGUCGGGAGACCGAGCCUCGUCGGGUGCUGCCGCGAGCGGCCGGCCGAGGGGGCUGGAAAUGAAAGUAAAGCGCUCCGGAGCCACAUGGACCGAGCUGCCGGGGCGGCGGCGCCGGGAGCAGGAUGCGGCCGCCCGUAAUUAAAUAGCAUUUACUCUUAUUAUUACUAAUAAUAAUAACGUAAUCAUACCUCUAGUCAUAGCAUACCAUUUAUCGGGCUCGGCGCAGGCCCGCGGGGAGCGCAGCCCGGCCGAGACACUGAUGGAGAGGCAGAAACGGAAGGCGGACAUCGAGAAGGGGCUGCAGUUCAUUCAGUCAACACUACCCCUAAAGCAAGAGGAAUAUGAGGCCUUCCUACUCAAGCUUGUGCAGAACCUGUUUGCUGAGGGCAAUGACCUGUUUCGGGAAAAGGACUAUAAGCAGGCUCUGGUGCAGUACAUGGAAGGGCUGAAUGUGGCCGACUACGCCGCCUCUGACCAGGUGGCCUUGCCUCGGGAACUGCUGUGUAAGCUUCAUGUCAACAGAGCUGCCUGCUACUUCACCAUGGGCCUGUAUGACAAGGCGCUGGAGGACAGUGAAAAGGCACUGGGCCUGGACGGCGAGAGCAUCCGGGCACUGUUCCGCAAGGCACGUUCUCUCAACGAGCUGGGACGCCACAAGGAGGCCUAUGAAUGCAGCAGCCGGUGCUCGCUUGCCCUGCCCCAUGAUGAAAGUGUCACUCAGCUGGGUCAGGAGCUGGCUCAGAAGCUUGGACUGCGGGUGCGGAAGGCAUAUAAGAGGCCCCAGGAGUUGGAAACCUUUUCCCUGCUUAGUAACGGCACCCUGGCUGGCGUGGCAGAUCAGGGAACCUUGAAUGGAUUGGGAUCCAUAGAUGACAUUGAAACAGCACUCUUGCAGCUACUGAGGCCUACCCCCUCCACAGACUGCUAUGUGGACCUACGAGGCUCCCCGGCCCUGCUCCCCUCCACCCCCACGAUGCCUCUGUUCCCUCAUGUUCUGGACCUACUGGCCCCCCUGGAUGGCAGCAGCAGGACACUCCCCAGCACUGAGUGCCUGGACGACUUCUCAGAUGGGGAUGUCUUUGGUCCAGAGCUGGACACCCUCCUGGACUCGCUGUCUCUGGUCCAGGGUGGCCUUCCUGGCAGUGGUGUGCCUAGUGAGCUGCCCCAGCUGAUCCCUGUGUUCCCUGGCGGGACCCCACUACUGCCACCCGUGGUGGGUGGCUCCAUCCCCGUGUCCAGCCCACUGCCUCCUGCCUCAUUUGGUCUCGUCAUGGAUCCCUCCAAGAAGCUGGCUGCUUCUGUGCUGGAUGCCCUUGACUCUCCAGGGCCCACGUUGGACCCCCUAGACCUGUUGCCAUACUCUGAGACCCGUCUGGAUGCCCUCGACAGCUUUGGGUCGGCCCAAGGCUCCCUGGACAAGCCUGACUCCUUCGUGGAAGAGACCAACUCACAGGACCACCGUCCCCCAAGCAGUACUCAGAAACCAGCCUCCUCACCGGAGCCCUCCAUGCCCAAUACCGCCUUGCUCAUCAAGAACCCUCUGGCUGCCACCCAUGAAUUCAAGCAGGCCUGCCAGCUGUGUUACCCUAAAACAGGCCCCAGAGCUGGUGAUUACACCUACCGCGAGGGCCUCGAGCACAAGUGCAAGCGAGAUGUCCUCCUCGGCCGACUCCGAAGCUCUGAGGAACAGAUCUGGAAGCGUAUCCGGCCCCGGCCCACCAAAACCAGUUUUGUCGGCUCUUACUACCUGUGCAAAGGGGAAGUGAGGGAGCUCAGAUCCUGGGGCCCCUGGGGCCAUCAAGGCAUCUCUCCUCCUGACCAACUCCAAAGAUGGAGGACAUUCAGGGUGUCCCGAGGAUCUCGAGCCCCACAGUGGCCUGCGCUCUUGCAUGAGGAGAUCGACGUGUGGACAGAGGAGCGGAAGGGCACCCUCAACCGAGACCUACUCUUCGACCCUCUUGGGGGCGUCAAGCGUGGCAGCCUCACCAUUGCCAAGCUCCUUAAGGAGCAUCAGGGCAUCUUCACCUUCCUCUGUGAGAUCUGCUUUGACAGUAAGCCCCGGAUCAUCAGCAAAGGCACCAAGGACUCUCCAUCUGUCUGUUCCAACCUGGCCGCCAAGCACAGCUUCUACAACAACAAGUGCCUGGUGCACAUCGUCCGCUCCACCUCUCUCAAGUACUCCAAGAUCCGCCAGUUCCAGGAGCACUUCCAGUUCGACGUGUGCCGCCACGAGGUGCGCUAUGGCUGUCUGCGGGAGGACAGCUGCCACUUUGCCCAUAGCUUCAUCGAGCUCAAGGUCUGGCUGCUGCAGCAGUACUCAGGCAUGACCCACGAAGACAUUGUUCAGGAAUCCAAGAAGUACUGGCAACAGAUGGAAGCCCAUGCGGGAAAGGCCAGCAGCAGCUUGGGUGCCCCAAGGACACAUGGGCCCAGCACCUUUGACCUGCAGAUGAAGUUUGUGUGUGGUCAGUGCUGGAGGAAUGGGCAGGUGGUGGAGCCUGACAAGGACCUCAAGUAUUGCAGUGCCAAGGCCCGGCAUUGCUGGACCAAGGAGAGACGGGUCCUUCUGGUGAUGUCCAAGGCCAAGAGGAAAUGGGUGUCGGUGAGGCCACUGCCAUCCAUUCGCAACUUUCCACAGCAAUAUGAUCUCUGCAUCCACGCGCAGAAUGGUCGCAAGUGCCAGUAUGUGGGGAACUGCUCCUUCGCACACAGCCCUGAGGAGAGAGACAUGUGGACCUUCAUGAAGGAGAACAAGAUCCUGGAUAUGCAGCAGACCUAUGACAUGUGGCUGAAAAAACACAAUCCAGGGAAGCCCGGAGAGGGAACCCCCAUCAGCUCCCGGGAAGGAGAGAAGCAGAUCCAGAUGCCCACUGACUACGCCGACAUCAUGAUGGGCUACCACUGCUGGCUCUGUGGCAAGAACAGCAACAGCAAGAAGCAGUGGCAGCAGCACAUCCAGUCUGAGAAGCACAAAGAGAAGGUCUUCACUUCUGACAGUGAUACCAGUGGCUGGGCCUACCGCUUCCCCAUGGGCGAGUUCCGGCUCUGCGACAGGCUCCAGAAGGGUAAGGCCUGCCCAGACGGGGACAAGUGCCGCUGCGCGCAUGGACAAGAAGAACUCAACGAGUGGCUGGACCGGCGUGAGGUGCUGAAGCAAAAGCUGGCCAAGGCCCGAAAGGACAUGCUUCUGUGCCCUCGGGAUGAUGACUUCGGCAAAUACAACUUCCUACUGCAAGAAGAUGGGGACACUGCUGGUGCCACCCCAGAAGCCCCUGUUGCUGCCACUGCUACCGCUGCCACCACCACUGGAGAAUAGGGCCAGGUCUCAGCUCUGGGCAAAUCCUGGGGUUGGGGGUGGGUUGGGGACAGAAAGCCUGACAGAAUGGCCAGGGAAGGCCAGUUGGGGGUAGGGGACCACUCCAUCAGGCAGCCCUCCGUCCCGUGGGACCUUGUCUAUCCUUUCCACCCCUACCACCCCAGAUAUGUGUGCCCAGAUCAUGUGCUACAGCCCCAAGUGGUCCCAGGGUCCUUGUCCUAUAAAAAUGGGGGCAGCCCCUCCCCCACCCUGGAUCUCCUGGUUGGGGAAGGGAGGGGCCUGGCUGACCCUCCAGCUUCGGCCUAUAGCUUUAACUUCUGUCUGCUCCUAAAGGGGGCCCAAAGCUCAGGGCUGGGGAGCCUGGGGUCCCCACUUGAAUCUGCAGCAGGAGGGUCCUUCUCCCUGUCUACCUUCCCUUUCUCCCUUUCCCUGCAGGUAGAUCAGGACACAGUAGCAGACACAGACAGGAGGUCCCAAUGAGCUUUAAAAUGCAGUUCUGAGGUAGAACUGGGGACACUGUAAUGGUCACUUACCACCUGAGGUUUCAGUUCCCCACUGUCAUCGAAAGGGGUAGGGCUGAGCUAGCCAUCCGAAGCUGGACUAAGGAGUCUGGGUGUCCUAACAACUACCCCACUCCAUCCCUCUGCCUAGCCCUCUCCCCUGUGAGCCACUAGUGUAGACUGUACCUCAGACUUUGGAGUUAAUCCAACCCAGUCCCAUUUUGCAAAACAGGUCUAGCAGGAGCAGUUUUCCAGCUCCCUGCUGGAGUAGGGCUAGUGAGCAGCUGGAAUCUCUGGGCUCCUCAGCCCCCAUACAACAUCCCUGGGAGCUGGGGAUGGGCCAGUCAGAGGAGAGCCCUCCACACCUGAGGAUGGUGUGGGGUAAUCAGAGGAGGUUCUCCAUGUGCAUUCCUAGACAGGGUAGCAGAGCUCAGGGCACUGCCAGUUCAGGUUCUCCACAAGUCACAAAGCAUGGAGAGGGGUCAGGAUGAUAGAGAGAACAGGGAGAUGACCUUGAGCUCUGUGGUCCACUAGGGGACAUAACCCCUCUUUCCUAGGGACUCAGUGUAGCCCUCUCCCAAGACCCAUACUGUUAUGCUCAUUUAUCCCAGCCCCACCCCAUGUCCAACCCUGCCAGCUGCCUAGGACCCUAGCUGACCCCCAGCCCAUGCCCCCACCCACCAAAGCCUCUCCCAGUGUCUGACAUAUGCCUGUGCACCUCUUCAUCCCACACAGCCCCCCAUGGGUAGACUCAGCCUGCCCUGGUUCCUUAGACAUUCCAGAAUGCUCCAUGCCAUUGGCACAAGGAGUGGGGCACCCCAGGAAAGAACCAGGGACUAAGGCUAUUGGGGAGUGAGAUGAGAAAAUAGACGCCCUGUAUUUCUCCCCCAGCCAGGACUGCCAGUACUCUAUGACAUAAUGAUGGGCGCCUGGGCAUAGAGGACACUAUUCCUCAUGCCGCUGCUGCCCAAGCUCCCAAUAAUCAUGGCAUGCACCCUUUACUCCUCCUCUGCCCCCUUUCCCUGCCCUCAGCAGGCCAGCACCACAGAGUUUGGAUGCUGGUGGCAUGACUGGAGGGGAGGAGAGACCAUACCCAAGGUGGGGGCCGUGGCCGUGAAUGUCGAUGAUUCUUGUUCUCCUGAUCCGUGGUGUUGCAGUCUGUCGUCACCAGCCUUGUUUUUAGUGUGUAUAUAUGUCGCCCCUGUGAUACAUAUAUACACAGGUAUUAAAUAUAUCGCUCUAUAUAAUAUUAUAUAUGUGUGUGGUAUCCAAGGAAUCUCUUCUAAUGAGGGCUAAAGAUAAAGAAUUUAAUGAGAAUAUGCAGUCAUCCUUGUGAGCUUUGGGUGUGUUUAUCAGGGGUCAUCUGGCUAUUUAGGAAACCAGGACUGGAGCCAUGGCUCAGAGAUGAUUUGGGCAGAAAGGGCACGAUAGCCCACACCUGGGUCCUGCUCUGCCUACAACUUUCCCACAUACCCAUGUCUAGAAGGACGCACCAGAGUGCUCAGGAAAAGAAAAUAAUUGGUGUUUGUUUCCCCACCAAAGGAGAAGGGUGAGUCCAGUUUUCCUCUGUUUAGCCUGUUCAUCUGUCCAAGGGACCCUGGGAUCCAGACUCCCUGGGCUUCCAGACCUGGAUCCCCCAACAGGGAAGAGAAGAGGAGAGUGUGAGUCAGGGAGGACCUAGGGUACAAGACAACAAAACACUUUUAAUGACGAGUAUAGUUCAUCCAGAUAUGACCCCUCCAGGGCCUCUCGCUGGGUUGCUCAGAGAAUUAAAUCUGGACCUGUACCCAGAGACAAGAUGGCAUAAUGGACAUAGAGCUGGGGCAGUGGGGAAGGAUGCUGUGUUUCUCGCUGGGCAGUAAUCAAUCUAAUGGUCCUUUAAAAAUGUCUGUGUAUUAAAAAUUUAAGAAUACCACACUUUAAUAUUAAAUAUCAUAAGGUCUAGUAUCUUGAUAAUAAUGUAGAUGUUUUAAUAACAAUUUUUGUCCUUCUUAAAAUAAAAUGAGAGAAACUUG